AUGAGCCAAGUAUGCAAGUAUUUCUCAACUGGCGGCGGUUGCGCGAAGGGCACCGCCUGUACCUUCGUUCAUAAUCGCGCAAAGACCCCCAAGGUAUGCGAGUGGUUCCGCAAGGGAAAUUGUGCAUGGGGCGACAAAUGUACCAAGUCCCAUGAGAGCCUUUCCAGCAGCUCAAGCUCAAGCUCGAGGGAUGGUGUAAAGGCAAGUUCCUCGAAAACAAAGCCUUCCGCCUCGAAUGGCAACCCGAGCAACGGAGGCAAGAAGGAACCAUUCGCACACGAAAGGGCGAGAAGCAACACUCCUCCCGACCCUUCCCCAGGAUCGCGGGCAGAAUCCCCCGUCAGCACCGUUAGCAAGGCUCGUUGCAUUUUCUACUUCGAAAACAACUGCAAAAGCGGCGACGAUUGCGAAUAUGCCCAUUCCACAUGGACGAGUCGCAAGGAGGCAACGAAUGUUAUCGACGCGUCUAUGCCCCUUCCUGCUCACGAAUGGGAUGAUCCAGGCACACCCACACCUUCCCGUCCAGAUUCUCCCGAGAACGCUUUGAAUAACGAGGAUGGCUUUGAAGAAAAUGUGGAAGAGGAGGAGGAAUACAACCAACAUUUGGAUGGACAGCAUGACUUUCAGGCGGCAGAAGAAACCGAACACGACAAUGUACAGAGUUUCGACAACUUUAGUGGUCCAUCAACUUUGUCUGCCAACGAUAUGCCCACGUCUGAUCCAAUUCCGGACAAAUAUCAAAUAGGUGUUGAACCGUCUUCCACGUCGAUUCACAGUCACCAACCUCCUUCACCUGCUAACCCUCCGAAAUCGUCUUGGCACGAUCCCAACAAUGAACAACCCCCUCGUCAGAAUGGCGAGAACACAAUCAAGCACGGCCGGCAUCAUUCUCCGAAACCAUCGUCUCCUGCCCACCAAACCCAACAUUUUCCGCAAUACGGUGGGUCUCCAAGGCAAGAAAGCCAUGGGCCGCAGCAUGGACACCAAAUCGUUUACCCUCACGUCUCAGAAGUUGUCCCCCACUGGUCUCAGUUCGCGGACCCACACGCAAAUCCAAGCAUUCCUUUUUGCAAACUUCUUGCUCAAGGAAAGUGCAGCGAAGAUGAGCUUUGUAGAUUUCGUCACUCCCUCACUGUCGAUGAAUAUUCCCUCCUAUUCCAUGACCAACAACCUAACUUGUGGACUCUCUCUCGGACCAAUGCACCAACCGGACUUCACUUAGAACAACUAUCCCAGCAAUCGUACACAUACACGGAUCGAAAUUAUAACUCAGAAUACGUUGAAGCACCACAACUGAACCCUACAACAUCUCAAAUACGGAAGGAAUGCCUUUUCUUUUCAUUGGGAAAAUGCCGCAAUGGAACUGCAUGUCCAUUUCAGCACGUGCCUUCCAAGGAACCUGCAACUUCCCAGCCUGAAGAAGUAGAUGAAGGUUGGGAUGGUCCACAAUCCUCAUCACGGCAACGGUCACAGAAACGAUGCAAUCACUUUGCCAAAAGAGGCGUCUGCCCCUACGGUUCUUCUUGCAAUUACAGUCACGAUUUACCCAGCGAACACCGUCCUUCGAGCCAAGAAUCUGCCCCGGAACCUCAAAAUGGAAACGACAACGGUGGCUGGGGAAAUGACCAAUGGGAGACAAAUGGUAAUUCGAACAAGGAAAACCUGUGGGAGAGCGCUCCAACUACAUGGGGUCCAGCUCAGAUAGAUAAUGAUGCUUGGGGAGCUCCGUCAGCUCCGCGAAAAACUGGGAUGUGUAGGGAUUAUCCAGAAUGUGACAGAGGAGAUCGGUGCCGUUUCCGCCACGAUGACGAAUAUGGGAGAUAUCAAGGCAACGAGAAAUUGUCAGCCAACGACGAAUGGCCACCAAUUGAAAAGGGAUCAGAGUCAGCGCCUUGGGGGUUCCCCGAAAAUAGAGGCCCGUGCAAGUUCUUCCUCCGAGGCCCUGGACAAUGCAGGAGAGGAGACCUUUGCUCCCGACGCCACGACGAAGCAGACCGCGAAACGCAUACUUCGACAUGGGAGAAUACCGAUCGAGGGUUUGAUGAUACUUCAGCUGCAAGGGAACUUAACGGUGCAAACGAGGAAUUGCGUAACGAGGAGGCAGGGGACAACGGUGAACCAGGAGGCAGUGAGAUAGAAGAACAACCUUCCAAUGAAAAUGAACACGAUGCGUCUUGGUCUAAGGUCUGGCCCGUCGAACCUGAUGUUUCAGCUGGAACCCACAAAAUUCAUGCACCAUGUAAAUGGUUUGGGCAGGGUGAUUGCAGGGACGGAGAUCAGUGUCGCUAUUUACAUAUCUCCCCCGAGGACCCCCCCUCGGAAAGCCAGGACCAUCGAGAAUUGGAACUUCAUUCUCCCGAAUUGGCUGGGGGUGAUCAACAAAGCCCUCUUGAAGAUGAAAUCGAACCAGUAAGCCCUGAUGUUGUGGAGUUCCCUCCUAUAGUCGAUCACCCACAAGUCGAAAGAUUCCUUCUGAAUUGUUCCGUCGUCUUUGGCACGGAUCUAACGCCAACGGAGGUUACUACAGCUUCGGAUUCAUCCAAAAUUAUACUUUCGAAUCUUCCUCCUGAUGUCCUACCUGAAGACAUUGACCAGCUGGCAAAGGGAUUUGGCGAGGUUCAGGAGAUCGUGAAACUUGAAGAGAGCAACUUUUCAGCAUCAUUCUGUGUGGAAUUCGCUAAUUCCACGCAGGCCUUGGGGUCUGUACAGCAUUUGAAUGGCCAAACAUAUGGUUCGAGGGUUCUGGUCGCUCGUUUGGAAGCCCGUAUCACACUAUGUCCGUCUUCGCACUUGGAGAGCCGUUACGUCAGGAUAUCUUGGCCAAAUCCAAGUCGGGUCGCCUGGAUUCACUACAAGACUGUUGGAUUGGCGAAAUCAGACGCCAGUCGUCUGAAUGGGAUCACCUGUGAUGGUCGUCAAAUUAAGGCAACUUCUGAAAAACCCACUCAAAAAUUUGGCAUUGUCAAAUUCGAGGGCCUCUCUUCCUACACCAGCCAACAAACUAUUGAAGCGUUGUGCAAAGACCAUUUCUUAAUAACCAUGGAACCGCCUACAUACGUCGAUCCCCCGACAGAUGCAAUCCGAGAUACCAUCAUGCAGAUCGAAGGCUUUGAAGAUUUUAGUUCAGCACCAACGGACAUGUCCCAAUCAAGGUCAACUGCACUGGCCACGUUUGGUUCUCAUUCAUUAGCUUCAAACGCUCUCCAAAAACUGAACGGUGUGGACCAAGGAUAUCUUGGUAACCAAUCGCUGAAGGCAGUUCACAUUUACUGCUGUACCUAUCAAAUCACUUCUUCUCAAGGCGAAGCUCUUCAAGCUGAAAUCAACCAUUUGGUUGAGAGAUAUACGCCCCAAUGCAUCAUUCGAUGGAUUCGCCAUGGAAGCUCUAAUUCCAUACGCAUCGAAAGUGCGAUAAACCAACUGACAAAAUUCAAGGAGGCCAACUUUGAGCUCCAUACGCUUCUGGAUGGCAGUCUGUUGAAUACGGAGGAAGGGUCUGCCCUUUGGGAUGAGUACUUCGAUACUCCAAGCAGUGUCAAGGCUUUGGAGAAAGUCAACAAUAGCGCAACAUUUCUGAUACAUUGUGACAAUCGGUUCAAGGCAAUUCGUGUCUUUGGUACAAAGCCGAGUCGAGAACAGGGAGAAGCAUCCAUUUCCAAGCUUUUAAAGAAGGUUCAUCAACUCCGCCAAGAAAUUCCUGUGGAGCGUGCUAUGUUGUCACACCUUCUCAAUGGAGGGUUCAAGGCUUUAAAAGACGACCUGGGAGCCAACAAGGUAACACUCGAUGUCGUACAAUUACAGCUUGUUGUCAGAGGCGAUGACAAAGAUAUCGAGAAAGCCAGGGCUGUUGUUCAAGCAAUUGUUCCCGUCGCUGUUGAUCCUCUAGUCGAUGGCUUUUGCGAGAUCUGCCUGCAGGAGCCAGUGUCUCCUCUCAAGUUAUUUUGCAGACAUGCCUACUGCAAGGCGUGUCUGCAGCAUGCCUUGAGUUUCAGCAUUUAUUCUCAAACAGACGAGCCCGUCAUUCUCCAAUCCUCACUUCUCUCAUACAUUCGCACCUCCCCUGCAUUCUUCUUCUGUCCGACCCUUGAUUGUCCAGCAGUUUAUCGUGCAGGGGAUGGGGGCUUCCUUAUGAAAUGUUCAGUCUGCCUAAGCGAUAUAUGCUGUUCAUGUUGCUCAAGAGCUCACGACGGUUCGACCUGCGAAGAGUGGUCGCAAAUGCAGAUCGUUCCACAAGAAAACUUGGACGACACGAGCAUGUGA